AAUGCUAAUAUAAGCUCCUAUUCCUCGAACUAGAUUUGCCAUUACUCCUACUAAUGUUCGACCAAUUCAUGUUUGUCUAGACAUGACACCAACUAGACAAUUUUCCAAUCAUAAUAGCAUUUUGAAUAUGACUUAAAGAGCAGAUGAUAGAUUACAAAUUCGACCAGUCGUUUAAAAUAAACACCAAUAAUCAAUCAUUAUCAAACAAGAUAACAUCAAUAGAGUUCAUGGCAACUCAUUUUUUCAAAACUAAUCUAAUAAGGAAAUGUAAAAUUAAAUCUAAGAAUUAACAAAAUAAAAGGAGAAUAUGUCUUAAAUUUUAUCAGAAGCCAUUAGAAAAAAUAAUCUUCUCUAAAAAUAGUUAGAUGUACUCAAUCCUAUUUUAAUUAGAAACUUUAAAGUGAUAAAACUGAACAAACACUCUAAUUUUAAGUAAAUUUAGAUUAAUUUCAAGAAGAAAUCACAUAAUUAACUAAUAGAUUAGAGGAUUUGAUAAUUGAAAAUGCUUAGCUUUAAGAAUCAUAUUAAAAUUAACAAUUCUAUAUAGAGUAGUUAGAAUAUUAAGAGAAUGAUAAUUUUAACGUCACUUAAAAUUUCGGAUAGUUGUGA